CCCCUACCUUGCACACGCCAAAUAAAUAUUUUAAAUUGAAUUAAUCUUUUUUCUUUAUUUAUAUUUUAAUUAUUAAUAUAAAUAUAAGUGCAUAUAUAAUAAACUAAUCGUUUUGUGUAUCGAGCGAAACUGAAACGGACCCCCCUGUGUGUGAGGAGGACACACAGCUCUCUCUCGGGUUUUCUCUUCGCCAAGAAUUCGAUUAACUUUCCUGGCUAAGUUUUCCUAUUGAUUUUUCCCAAGAAGAUUAAGCUUGAAUCUGUUAACCUUUCCGGUUUUGAGAUCUGAAUUUAUUUAUUUUUCUUGAUUUUAUGUUUCGUCUGGUUUGCUUUUGGCGGAAGAGAAAUUGGUAGAGACGUUUAAUGAUUCUUAUUGGCUUCUCUCUGUUUCAUUGAUUGGGGUAGGUUUUCGCAUUAUAACUUAGGGUUUUGUAUCGGAAAUUUUUAAUCGUUUUGGUACGUUAGAGAACACUUUUAUUUUAUGUGUCCUAAAUUUGUGUUUCGAAUGUACGGAGCGUACAGAGUUCGGAUUGUUGGGUGUGUUUUCUAUUUACUUUGAAUUGUAGUCGAAUUAGGGUUUGGUUUCGGGGUUAGAAGGUGGAUUUGUUUGAGUUGAAUGUUUCGAAGAUGAUUAUCAAACGAACUUUGAAAGUGGAGAUGCCUAAUCUUAAGCGGUGCAAGCUCGAAGAGCCUGACAGUGAAGAUUUUGCGAAUUCGGGUAGCGCGAAGAAGCGGCGGACUAAUGUGUAUCAUUCGUUAUGCAAUGGUGACGUUGAGGAUUUCAGUAGUGGUUCAGGUUCUUUGUUCAACGACGAACCGUAUUGGGGUGGCGAUGUUGAGUCGAAUUUGAAGAGUGUCCGAUCGCUGAAUCCCAAUCCCAAUGAGUUCAGCAGGUCUUCGCGAGGUCGUAUUCGGAUGCUUUCUUCGAGGUUUAAUAAUUCGGUCCUGAAUAUCUGGAAGAGCAAGCCCAAAUUCGAUGAAAUUGAUACUGGCUUUGACGAAGAUGAUAAUGCUGAAGCUGCUGUAGAUAAAUACAAAGAGAAACUUGAUGGGAUGAGAUUUUUAAGAAAGCCCAAGAACGAAAAUAACAGGUACAAAAAUUCGAAGCCGAAACGUGCUGUGAAGAAAGAAGAUGGCGAAGUAGCUGCUAUAGAAUUUGGCAAUUUUAAUUAUGCCAAAUAUAUUGGCAUGCAAAUCGAUGCGAAAAAUUUCCCGUCGAUUGAGGCUGAAGAAUAUGCUUCUAGUUUUGGCUAUUCAGGUGUUGAGAGGCUAACAAAAGCAUCCAUUGGAAGGAGGAAAGAUGUGUACAGGCCAGAGGAUUUUGCUUUGGGUGAUAUAGUUUGGGCCAAGUGUGGUAGGAGUUACCCAGCAUGGCCAGCCGUGGUGAUCGAUCCCCUAAUACAAGCUCCCGAAGCCGUUCUUAGGUGCUGCGUUCCUAAUGCUAUGUGCGUUAUGUUUUAUGGGUUUUCUAAGAACGGAAAGCAAAGGGAUUAUGGAUGGGUCAAACAAGGGAUGAUUUUCCCAUUUAGUGAAUUUAUGGACAGAUUUCGGAGUCAGACCCAGUUGUAUAAGAGCAAGCCAAGUGAGUUUCAGAUGGCUAUCGAGGAGGCAUUAUUAGCGGAAAGUGGCUUUCAAAACACACCCUAUGGUUCUGACAAAAUAACUUGUUCAGAAGGAUAUCCUUAUGAAAUCCAAGGAGCUACUACUUCGAAUCAGAAUGUUGAAAAUUAUUCACAGAAUCAGGAAGCGUAUCAUAAAGAUGCUAGACCUUGUGAUGGGUGUGGACUAAGUCUAAUCUGCAAAGCAAUGAAGAACAAGAAGGGUGCUAGUUGGAAAACCCAAUUCUUGUGUAAACAUUGUGCUAAGUUAAAGAAGUCAAAGCAAUACUGUGGCAUAUGCAAGAAAAUAUGGCACCAUUCAGAUGGAGGGAACUGGGUAUGCUGUGAUGGGUGUAACGUUUGGGUGCAUGCUGAGUGCGACAAGAUUUCUGGCAAACUUCUUAAGGACCUGGAGCAUAGUGAUUAUUAUUGCCCUGAAUGCAAAGGAAGAUCCAAUUGUGAAUUAACAGAUGUAGAAAGAUGUCAGCCCCAAGUGAAUUCUGUGAAAGACAACAAACAGACAGUGACACCUGAGAAGAUACUUGUGGUGUGUAAUGGAAUGGAAGGAAUGUACAUUCCAGAAUUUCAUUUGGUAAUGUGCAAGUGUGGUUCAUGUGGGUCGAAGAAGCAGACUCUAAGUGAAUGGGAAAAACAUACAGGAUGUAGAGCUAAAAAGUGGAAGUAUAGCGUGAAAGUGAAGAGCACAAUGCUGCCACUGGAAAAAUGGAUAACAGAGUACAGUACACACGGUGUUGAUCCCCUUAAAUUAGACAAGCAUCAAUUACUCACUUUUCUGCAAGAAACAUACGAGCCAGUUAUUGCAAAAUGGACGACGGAAAGAUGUGCUAUCUGUAGAUGGGUUGAAGACUGGGACUACAAUAAAAUCAUUAUCUGUAACAGGUGUCAAAUGGCUGUCCACCAAGAAUGCUAUGGUGCAAAACAUGUCCAGGACUUUACUUCAUGGGUUUGUAGAGCAUGUGAAACACCUGAUGUCAAAAGAGAAUGUUGCCUUUGUCCUGUCAAAGGGGGUGCUUUGAAGCCUACUGAUGUUGAGGCACUGUGGACCCAUGUUACAUGUGCUUGGUUUCGGCCUGAAGUUGCUUUCUUGAACCAUGAGAAGAUGGAACCUGCUAUUGGUAUCCUUAGAAUUCCAGCUACUUCAUUUUUGAAGACAUGUGUAAUUUGUAAGCAAAGUCACGGUUCCUGUACGCAGUGUUGCAAAUGUUCUACACAUUUCCACGCUAUGUGUGCAUCAAGAGCAGGCUACAGCAUGGAAUUGGAUUGCUUUGAGAGGAAUGGGGAGCAAAUUACGAGAAAGUCAAUAUACUGUGCAGAGCACAGAACCCCAAAUCCAAAUGCUGUUGUAGUUAUUCGUAGUCCUGCAGGAACUUUUGCUGCGAGAAGCUUCCUUGAGAACCAGAAGGGGUGCUUCAGGGGUUCAAGGCUGGUGUCAGCAACGAGAAUAGAGCUUCAAGAAUCACCAAAUUUAGAGACAAAUGAGGUGGAACCAGACUCUGCUGCUAGAUGCCGUAUUUAUAUAAGAAAAAGCCAUAAGACUUUUCAACAGCAGCCAAUAUUCCACCGGCCAAUGGGGCCAACACAUCAUUCUAUAGAAGCUGUAAAUAGCAUGAACAUAAACAGAGAAUUAGAGGAUCCUAUAUUCACUUCUUUCAAGGAUCGCCUUCACCAUUUACAGAGAACUGAGAACCAUCGAAUUUGCUUUGGCAAAUCUCAUAUACAUGGAUGGGGCCUAUUUGCUCGUCGGAAUAUUCAAGAAGGAGAAAUGGUUGUUGAAUAUCGUGGAGAGCAGGUGAGGUCUUGUGUUGCUGAUCUAAGAGAAGCACAGUACCGGGCACAAGGCAAAGACUGCUAUCUCUUCAAGAUCAGUGAAGAAGUAGUAAUUGAUGCUACAGAGAAAGGGAACAUAGCACGAUUAAUAAACCAUUCCUGCAUGCCCAACUGCUAUGCGAGGAUCAUGAGUGUGGGUAAUGGGGAGAGCAGGAUUGUGCUCAUUGCCAAGAAUAAUGUUUCAGCUGGCAAAGAAUUAACGUAUGAUUACUUGUUUGAUCCAGAUGAGCACGAUGAGCUCAAAGUCCCCUGUUUAUGUAAAGCUGAGAACUGUAGAAAGUACAUGAAUUAGUUCCACUCUAAUACCACAUCACAUACUCUCAUUUUUGUCCAUACGCACAAAGCUCUGACCCAUAUCUAAUUAGGAGGCAGGAAUUUACCUUCUUCUAGCCUUUUUUUUUUUGUUUGUUUUUUGUUUUGUUUAACGAGUCAACUUGUAAUUUUUUUUAUUCAUAUUUAAUUUCUUAUCAGCCCCAUUCAAUUGUAACAACUCCAAAUAAAAUUAAUGUAAAUUCACGAGCUGUUUGGCUGUUCCGUUAGUUAUUAUAA